AUGUUCGAAAAAAAAAAAAAAAAAGUAAAAAAUAAAAAUUCGAUUCAUUUACAAUGUUAUCGAAGAUUAGGUAUUCAUCGAAAAAAAUAUUUCAAUUUUUCAAAUCAGUUGAUAUACAUUUCUUUGUCUGGCCAUAUUUAUACAUACCCAAGUUAUGAAGGGGUGUUACAGGCAGACAAAUAUAUUCUCGAUGAAUUGUGCAUAACAAAAUUUGGGGAAAGCUCUGCAAUUACUGAUAUAAAAUUAUUAUACAAAAAAAUAUACAAAAAUGAUUACGAUCCUUCUAAAUAUACUAAACAAAACUUUGAACACUAUUACAUACCACCUUCAAUUAUUAAAGCAUAUAACGAACUAGGUAUACACAAACUAUAUAAAGAACAAGCAGAGUGUCUUUGUAAAAUAUUUUUAAAUGACGAUAUAGAAAAUAAAAUAAAAAAUGGAAUUUAUAUGAACCAUGGAAAUAACGAGGAAUUUGUAUCAAAUGAAAACACGCAUUGUAAAAGUAAUGUAGAAGUAAAUACAGAUAUUUCAAUGAAUUUAGAUUUUUUUUGUGAUAUGAAUAUUGUAGAUAUGAAAAAUAUAAAAUACACACCUGGGAAAAAAGAAGAUAUACAAAUUGACGAAUUUACAGAUUUGAUUAAAAGCGAUAUAACAUUUGGUAAGAAGAAAAAUGUGGAUAUUUGUAACCACAUGGAUAAUAAAAUGAAGGUAUAUACAAACGAAUAUACAAACGAAUAUACAAACGAAUAUACAAAUGAAUAUACAAACGAAUAUACAAAUGAAUAUACAAACGAAUGUUCUAAUGAAGAUACCAACGAAUACAAUCUUAAUAACAGCCAUUCUAAAUAUGAUACACUUGUUAAUGUUGAAAAUUCAUCAUAUAAAAAAAGGUCGCAGAUAUGUUACUGGAGUAAUAAUAAUAAUAAUAAUAAUAAUAAAUUUUAUAACAAUUUCCUAUUUAAAAUACCUACAGGUAUGGGAAAAACAUUAAUUUAUGAUAUUCUUAUUAUUCGUCAAGUUUUAUAUAAAGGUUUUAGAGUUAUUUUAACCUUACCAACAUUAUCUCUAAUAAAUGAAAAAUAUGAAUAUUAUGAUAAAUUAUUUGGUGAUCAAACAGUAUCAUUAAAUAUUAAAAAAUUUAAUAGUAAUGAUUUUACCGGAUAUUCAUAUAGUCUAUCAACAGAUUUGGCAUUAUGCACAUUUGAACAAGCAAACACCAUUUUAAGUAUUAUCAUUAAAAAUAAUUUAAAAUUUAAUUAUUUAUUUAUACUUGAUGAAAUUCAUUAUAUAAAUAAUCAAAAGAGGGGAUUUCAUAUUGAAUCCCUCUUAACAAAAAUUAAAUAUAUCCAGAAAAAUUUUAGUCAUAUUUAUAAUAUAAAGGUAUAUGGCUUUUCUGCGACUAUUUCCAACAUUGACCAGCUAGCUGAAUGGCUAGACGCCAAUGUGUAUGAAAGCAAAACGAAACUUCAACGAAUAAAAUACCUGUAUAAAAUAGACAACUCAUUAUACAAAGAUAUAAACAAAAACGAGGUGGAGAGGACGUUGGAAAAUUGUAAUACGUUGGAUCCGAAUCAUUUGGGAUAUUUGAUAAGUGAAGAAUUUAUUUUAAAAAAGAAUGUUUUAAUAUUUUGUCCAUCGAAAAAUAAGAGUGAACAGACGGCUUCAUUUAUAAGUAGUACACUGCCUUAUUAUUUGAAUAAGAGAGACUAUAAAAUAAAUAUGGAAUUACAAGAAAAGCGGUUUAAAUUAUUAAAUGAUUUGAAAGGUUUGACAAUAAAAGUAGCAAAUGUUGAAAAGAUGAUUAUGAAUGGGAUAUUUUAUCAUCAUUCAGGAUUAAAUAUUAAUGAGAAGAGUCUUAUUGAAAAUUCUUUUCGAAAUAAUAUAUUAUUUUGUUUGUGUUGUACAACAACAUUAUCUGUAGGAAUAAAUAUGAAUAUUCAUACUAUAAUAAUUCGUAGUUUGAAAUUAGGAAAAUCAUUUAUAACAAAAGAUGAAAUCACACAGAUGGCAGGACGAUGUGGAAGAUCUCAGAAAAAAUUGUAUGAUAGUACUUCAAGUUGUAAAAAUUUCGAUGAAAGUACAAAUAAAAGUUAUAUGACACCUGAUAGAAGAUAUACUGAUUCAAGUGGCUUACCUCCUAUAUUAGAUUAUGAUUAUGAUUGUGAUGGGAAAGUUAUAAUAUUUGUGUCCAAUGUAGAAAAACAUUAUUUAGAAAAAAUAUUAUAUGACGAAGAAGAAAUGUCUAAAUUAAAAACUACAUUAAAUAAUAUCCAAAUGUGUAAGUUUUUAUUAGAUUUUAUUCAUUUAAAAUUAAUAAAGACAAAAAAAGACAUGUUUGAUUUUUUAUAUUUAUAUAGCAUCAAAUUUUUUAAGGCAAAACGUGUAGAAGGCAACACAAAUGACGAUGACCAAAAUAAUGGUAUAAAUAUGAAUAUUAAUAAUAAUGAUAAGUGUAUUCAUAAUAAUAAUGAUAAAUGUUGUAGUAAUAAUAAUAACAAUGAUAAAUGUUGUAGUAAUAAUAAUAACAAUGAUAAAUGUUGUAUUCAUAAUAAUAAUGAUAAGUGUAUUAAUAAUAAUAAUGAUAAGUGUAUUAAUAAUAAUAAUGAUAAGUGUAUUCAUAAUAAUAAUGAUAAAUGUUGUAUUCAUAAUAAUAAUAAAUGUAGUAAUAAUAUGAAUGAAAAAAUUUUGAUUGAUGUGAAACAAACCUUUCAAUAUUUAUUUGAAAAUAAAUUAAUUACUAUUCCUUAUGAACAAGAAAAGAAUUAUUAUGAACAUGUGUUUAAUAAAAUAUUCCAUAUUAAUUUCUGUGAUAUUAAUAAAAUUUUUACUUUUCAAUAUAUUAAUCAGAAUAUUAAUCCUAAUAUAUUAAUGAAAUAUAAUAUAACACAAAAAAUUAACAUUUUUAAAAAAUUAUAUCAUAAUUAUAAAGGAAAAAAUAUUACUACUGAUAAACAAACUUCUUUUUUCACCUUACCAUUUAUAACAAUCUUAUUAAUUUUUAAAGAUAUCGAAUUCAAUAAAAACCUAUUCCAAAACUUAUAUGUUGAAUUUAUAAAAUAUAUUUUCCUUAUGAAUAUAAAUCUUCAACAAUAUGAUCUUUUCGUUUAUGAUAUAUUAAAGGACGAUGAUCCGAUUGCAUGUACAGAAUUGUUUUCUUAUGUACAGUCAGCGUCAAGUAUAAUGGAGUUCAUUUUUAAUUACUCCUUAGUUCAAUAUAUAUACGUUAAAGGGUUUCUACCUGAUGUUUUACUCAUGAUCUUUGCCUUCUGCAUAAAUUCCGAAAUAAAUUUAAAAAUCCACUUUGAUAUAUAUGAACAAAUACUUAUGUCACAUAACAAAAAUAUAAAGAACGUUUUCCAGUUUUUUGGCCUCAACGUUGAAAAGUUAAAAAAUUUCGAGUUAAAAAAUGUUGAUGAUCUUUUCGAUGCUUCCGCAAACAUUUUAAAGGGAAAAUUAAAUAUUGACCAGAUAUAUGAAAAUUUGGAAUGGAUAAAAAUUAAGAGAUUUUAUUAUGCAAUGAUUAUUUAUGAUUGUUAUAAUGAUGACGUAUAUCAAGUAGCUAAAAAGUACCGAUUAAAAUUAAAAGAAAUAAAAACUGUAUAUUUAAGAUGUAUAUUUAAUCUUUCUUACAAUUGUCGAAUCCUAAAAAAUUUUAAAAACUCUUUGGAUAUAUUCUGUAUUAUUUUAGAAAAUUUGUUGGCGAAAAUGAAGACAAAAAAUUUCCCUUUUAUUUAA